AUGUCGGAGACGACAGAAAGCCGAGAAAAGGCCAAAGUAAAGAAAACGGUGAAGGUUUCCAUGCUCCAAAAGCAAAAUCUUUCAGAACAAUUUGCGGAAAUCGACCUCGUCGAAAAGUCGAAAUUCAACGAAAAUGAAGAUGACCCGAGAGUCGAACCCUGUACGUCGGGUCAACAGGCGAACAGCGUUGCCGCUAGACUACGAGACUACGUUGAGGGACCUGAACAUUUUACUUACUCAAGUAACAUUAAUGGUCAAGUAGUCAUCGACGAGGAGCACCAUAAUCAAGAUCCUACAGAAACAUCUGUAACUGUCGGCGAGCCUGAUAUUCUGCGCGCAAUUUCAGCCCAUGAGGAACAUUCCAAAUUUAAAACCCCGCUAACGAUAGGCACAUUGUUCGGACCAAAAGUACAGGAUGUACCCAGCACAGCAACCGCUCAUAUAAAUGAACUGCCUGGCCUCGCAAAUCCUCAUGGUCAUAGCACUGAGGCCCGUGCUGGAAUCAGCCGGACUAAUCAAACAAAUUCCUCGAGACACAGUUGA